AUGGCCAAAAGCAAUAAUUCUGUUUUCGACCCAUGGAAUACUUUUUACGAAACCCCAGAAGAGCAAGCUGCCAUAAAACAGAGAGCGAAAAUGAGGGAUGCAAUGAAGGCUGAGUACAGGAAACGAUAUACAAAUCCAUUCAACCCCCCAAUGGGUCAUUUGCACGAUCCUGCAUUGCAACACCAUUUUUCAGCCCAGGUUACAUAUGCAGAAUAUUUACGUCCAUCCCCCAAAUUGGGACUAAUCGCCCUUGGAGUUUUAGGCGUAGGGUGUCUAGCGAUGGUAAUAAAAGGAAGGCUUAAGAAACGCCGGUUCCAAGAAUAUGAUUGUGGUGAAUUGACUUAUCGAGAAAGAUGGGGAGGAAAUACAUGGUUAUAA